UAUUCCUCGAUUUGUUUCUCUCUUUUUCUUUUGUUUUUCUAAAAAUUUAUUUUUAAGAAUUAAAUUUUUUUUUUAAAAAAAGAUAAAGCAUCAGCGACAGCAGCACCUACUGCUACAGUUUGAAUCUUUCGGAUCUUGUUGGUCGGGCUCGGAUCCUCCAUCCCUCAGAUCUCUCAACUCACAAUGCUAUUCAGCUUUUGAUAUCACAGGUCUACUAUUUUUCCUUCUCGCUCCUAUAUUUCUUUCUUCAAGUGGCUUGGCGUGAAUGAUGGAUCCAAGUAACCUUCCGCCUGUUGUUGGACUCGAAGCUGUCCACCAAAAUGGUGUUCACGAAGAACCAUCUGAUUCUGGAAAGGAUGGUGUUGUUUCAAAUGAUGUAGACCCCAGUGUUACUGGAAUUACAGAAACUGCUCCAAAUGGAAAUUUUGAAAAUUUCAACCAGUCGGAUAGCACUGCAACUGAUAACUUGUCUGUGGCAGAAAUCAAGGAAGGAUCAAAUGACAACAUAGAUGACAACAAUGUAACCAUUUCUAAGGAAGAGGAAUUGAAAAUCAUAGAUCAAACAGGGAAGUUAAGAGCACGAAAGGGUCUCAUUAAGAAUAAGAAUGCAAAGGCCCCUACUCCCAGAGGUGUUCAUGCAAGUUUGGUAAAAAGGAGCGAAGAUGGAAAAGAUGAAAAGACCUCAUCUACUGUUUCAAAUGGAACUUUUGCUUUAGACUCUCACCCAAGUCAGUCUAUUAAAAACAGAUCAUUCAAUGACAAGCAAACUCAAUUGUCCAAGCACCCUGGAAAGUCUAAUGCAGCAUCUUCUGAAGCACCAAUGGAGAAAACUAGACCACAAUUAUUGAAGAAGGGGGUCCUUCAUAAUCUUCAAGGAGAAGCAGAAUCAUCUUCUCCUACUGCAGAAGAUGCCAAACCUCCUAGGCUGGGGACACUUCCAAAUUAUGGGUUCAGUUUCAAGUGUGGUGAGCGAGCUCACAGAAGAAGAGAGUUCUACUCUAAGCUUGAGGAAAAGAUUCAUGCAAAGGAAGUGGAAGAGAGUAACCUGCAAGCAAAAACCAAGGAGACGCAAGAAGCUGAGAUUAAGAUGCUUAGGAAGACUCUAGCAUUUAAAGCAACUCCAAUGCCAAGCUUCUACCAGGAGCCUCCUCCUCCUAGGGUGGAGUUAAAGAAGAUACCAACUACAAGAGCAAAAUCUCCCAAGCUUGGUCGUAGGAAGAGUUCAACAUAUUCAGGGUCAGAAGGAAACACUAGCAACAGUGCUCGGCAAGGUCGUUUAAGUCUGGAUGAGAAAGUGUCUCAGAGUAACCCCACUAAAGGAAUAACUCCUGGUCAUCAAAAGAAGCCACAACGAAGAUCCCUUCCUCCUCGACUGGCUUCUGAAAAGAUCAGUGCAUCCAACUCAGCAACUGCACUGACUUCAUCUAAGGAAGUGAAUGAUGAAAAAACCUCCUUAUCUUUUGUAACAACAGAAGUUACCACUUUGUCCAAUGCAACUGGGGAAGAGAAAGUUGAGAUGGCUGCGGCGAGUGAAGAGAACAAUGCCUUGUCUAGUGAGAUGAGUGAAGCAGACUCUCAUGUGAAUAAUGGUGAUAUAAUCGUUGAAGAGAAACCACAGCUCGCCUUGGUACAAGAACCCAUUGCGGCAGAGCAUUAAGCAAACAGCAGGAGCAGAACCAAAUAUUAACUCUAUCAGAGCAAUUGUUUCAUCUCGUGAAUAUUAAAGAAGCAUUUGACUGAAAUUAUUUAACAAUGAAGGCUUGAAGAUUUGCAUUGUGGUUUGUGAUGUCAUUUUGUCCAAGCAGCAUUGUUUCUUUUGUGUUUAUUCCCAAAGCUUCCUGGUUUUGUCCUUAUGAUUCAAUAUCCUCCUUGCAGCAACGUAUGUAACUAUUUCCCAGGUUAUUCUAGUUGAUGUUUUUUUAGUAUGCAACUUUUGUCUGUUCAGUUGAUAUUUUAGCGAAAAUUUUGAGAAUGUUUGCCAUCAGUGGUUCAAUUACAUUUUGUUCAUGCAUUGCUCUGUUAAACAAUUGGUAUAAACAAGCUGUUUGUG